AUGGAUAGUAGGUGCAGUGUUGUGGUUCAUGAACACAAUCAUGACAUUAGUCCUACAAAAUCAAGGUUAAUACGUGGAAAUAGAAGGUUGAAUUUGCAGGCCAAGCGAACACUUGAUAUUAACGACCAGGCCAGUGUACGUUUGAACAAGACUUUUAGGUCCUUAGUAGGUCAUGUAGGAGGUUUUGAGAACUUAGAUUUCGUUGAGUGUGACACAAGGAACUACAUCGGGCAACAAAGACGCGUUUUUGGCAAGGAGGGAGAUGGCCAGAUUUUGAUGCAACAUUUCUCAACAAUGAGAGAGUUGAAUAAUUACUUCUAUUAUGAAAUUGACACUAAUGCUGAAAAUAGAAUCAUUAAUGUGUUUUGGGUAGAUGCAAGAAGUAAAGCCGCCUCAAUGGAUUUUGGUGAUGUUGUCUCAUUCGAUACUACAUACUUAACCAACAAAUAUGACAUGCCCUUCAUACCCUUUGUUGGUGUUAAACAUCAUAGGCAAUCAAUUCUACUAGGUUGUGGACUAUUGUCUUCAGAGGAUACAUAA